UUUUGCCGGCGACACCCAACAAAGUGUUAAAAAGGUUUCCCAGGCUCAUCCAUGGCCCAUAACGUGCCAAGAACUUUGUGUGCUGCAAGUUGGAUUUUCUUGGAGCAAUGGUUACGAAGGCGGUGUUCGUUCUACUACUUCUGUGUCUGUGCACUGUUAGAAGUCAACGAUACAUCAGAACCAGGGCUUCUCAGAUUGAAUCCGAAGAUGAAAAUGGCAACAGGAGAGGGGUCCUAACUCCACAAAGUCAAGUCAAUUAUAAUCAAUACCGUCCAGCAGCUCAACAGCGCAACCCUGUAUACAUCAAUGCUCGCGAUACCUACACCUACAGGCCUUACUCAUUCGACUAUGUGGCUGCCGGUGAGGAUGGAUCCAGUUCUCGACAGGAGACAGCAGAUGCUUCUGGAAGAGUCGUCGGUUCUUAUACUCUUAAUGUGGAAGACGGACGCCAGAGGGUGGUCGAAUAUGUCGCAGACCAGGAUGGUUUCCGAGCCACAGUCAACACCAACGAACCAGGCACAGAAGCUAAGAAUCCUGCUGACGUAAUCUUCUACUCUGCUGCUGCCAGAACAGUACCUCAGGGUGGAUACACACCCACACAGACAUACCAGCCACGUCCAACAUACAGACAGCGUCCUACUUACAGACAAAGGCCAUCUACCAUCUAUACGCAGCCCAAUGUUUUGACACCCGUCUAUCACAGGCCAGAGAAUUACUACCAACACACCAAUGCCCACCAGGGUCAAGCGUCUAACAACUAUUACUACCAUGAUAGAUGGAACCUUUUGCAGUAAAUGGCUUCUCUCGUGCUUGUUUUGAGUUUGGUGUCGGAUGGGGGCUUGUUCAACAAGGACGUUGUGCUCAAUUGUUGUUAAAAUGUUUUUGUAUUCAGUUCCGUAAGCUUAAAAUAAAAGUGAAGUGUUCAUACAUACUG